AGAGGCCGCCGCUGCUGCUGCUGCUUUAGUUUCGCUUUCGGUUUCUGUUGCUGUUCGUUUGAUUUAAGAGCCAGAAUGAGGAUGAGCCACGGCGGGCAGCUGCAAAAGUGCAAUAACAACAAGUUGUAAACGGGUUUCGUGUUGCAAGUGGGAAAGGCGACGCGUGCAGCGUCGCGACGUUGUUGUCUGCGGUUUCUAAGCGUGUAACAAAAAACAACAAAAUCUGAAGAAAAUAAAAAGAAAAUUAAAAUUUACUGCGAAUACAAAUAUCGAUGAGUCAGCUCGGGGUCUGUUUUGUUUAUGCAACCAAUUGCCACACAGCGUGCGACCCAAACAUUUAUUUGCUUUUCUUAUUUUGUUGUUGUUGUUUUUGUUGUACAGUGUACACCAGCUGCCGACACUUGGUGAUGUUGCUGUUGUUGUUGUUGUUGUUGCUGAGCAUCAAUUUGCAUGUUCUUUGAACGACUCAAUUUGUCUCGCUGUAUCAAUGCAUACACAUACACGCACACAUGCAUAUUGUAUAUAUGUACAUAUUCAUAAGUAUAUGUGAGUGUAUCUAAAUGAUGGCGCAAAGUUCAAUGGAACGUAGUGACACACACGCUCGUUGCCAUUGCAAUUGGCCUCUACGAGUCUAAUUGGAGUCGGCAUUUCUUUAAUAUAUUUUCUCUGACUGGAAUUCUUCUCUUUCUAUGCAUAUGUGUAUAUGAAUCGAGCAGAGUGACAGCAAGUGAGUCAACUGUGUUGCUUUUGCGGCUGAAUGCGACACAAUUUCGUUAUCUUAUCCGCCGAAAUCAUUGACGCGCUGUGGCUCAAAUUGAAAAACAAUAACAAUAGCAGGUCGGAGUCUAUUGUUUCAGACAGUCGGCGUCUGGCAUUGGGUGCAUCAACAUAAGAGACGGCCUUGCUGCAGAACAAACAACAACAACAUUCCCAAGACACCCUGUACUAAAUACUUGCGCAUGCAGCCAACAGCGGCUUAGCCGAGAGCGAAAGUGCUCGUGGUAGCUGUUUAUUUCGCAGUGCAAUCAAUUUCAACUGAACAAAUACAAUCCAUAAAAGAAAACAAAAGCAACAGUGUAAUUAAUAGCCAAAAGUGUUUUUAAUUGUAAUUUAAUCAAUAAAAACCAACAAACGACCAAAUUGUUAAUCGAAUUUCAAGAAAUACAGCUACAACUUCGACAGUAUGAAGUACACAUUUUUGCUACUGCUUGUCAGUGCGGAGGCUCUGCUGCUGAGUGUCGCAUUGGCCCAGCAGGAGAGCAUGCCCUACCAGGCCGUGGCGAACAUUUGCGCGACGUGCACCUGUUUGUCCGCCCAGGACACGAAUCAUCGCCUGCACCAGACACUCAACUGCGCUAUGAAGAACUUCGAGCACAUUCUGGCCCGCUGGCCGCCGGAGUUUGGCAGCCAGCACGCGGACAUGGAGAUUGUUGCCUCGUUUUCGGGCAACCGCAUUCGGGUGCUGCAGCAGCUGCCGGCCACGAAUGCCACGCUGACGUUCUCGUGCCGGCACUGCGGCAUACAGCAGCUGGAGGUGCCGCUCUUCAUGGACGUGCCCAAUGUGGAGGCUCUCUAUCUCAGCUGGAAUGAGAUCAAAGACGAUGCGCUCAAGCCGGAUCUGUUUCGGGGUCCCUUCAAGACCACCAAGUACGAGCCGAUUGCUCUGAAGGAUUUGGAUCUUAGCCACAACAGUAUCUCGCGGCUGGAUCGCAAGCUCUUCGAGCACACGCCGCAGCUGAGGAAACUGGCGCUGGCCCACAAUCGCCUCAGUGUGCUGGAUGCGGCGACAACGGCAUCGUUGGCCUCCAUUGCCAAUCUGCAGCGCCUGGAUCUGUCACACAAUGGCUUGCUAACGCUGCCCGGCGAUCUCUUUACCAAGAUGAGCAAUCUCUACCAGGUGGACUUAUCGGGCAACGAGUUCACUGUGGUGCCAGGCGCCCUGGAGCACCUGGGCAAGAGCCUGCAGCAGCUUAGCUUGGCGGGCAAUCCUUUGGCCAAGAUCGAUGCCCAGAGCUUCCGCCACCUGGAUGCACUGCGUCGCCUGAACAUCAGUGAAAUGCCAAUGCUGCGCACCAUUGAGCUCGGUGCUCUGCAGCUGCCCGCCUUGGAGCAACUGGACUGCGCGCGCAAUCCCAAGCUGGAUCGACUGGAGCUGGUGGAUUUGGUGACCAGCCGCAAUCUAACGCAGGUGGACAUCUCGCAGAACGCGCUGACGACGCUCACACUCAACGCAACCAACACGACGAGCUGGCCAAGACUGCGCAGCCUGGCCAUUGCCGGCAAUCCCUGGUACUGCAGCUGUGAGCUGCUGCAGGCACUCGAACAGGCCGGCGCUCCUCAAGUGCUGCAGGCGCCCAAUCUGGCGGUCGCCCGCUGCGACACGCCCUACUUGCUGGCCGCCCUGCCGCUGACCAAUCUAACGGCCCAGCAGAUCUGCAACAUGGUCAUACCGAAGAAGUAUCGCGCCGUCGAGGAUGAUCCGCCCAGAUUUCUGCGUCGUCGCUACAUCAUCCUCACGGUAAUCAUUGCCAGCGUCGUGGUCGUCGCCGGCCUCAUCAUCGGCUUCAUCGUGGUCUGCGUGCGUCGUCGGCUCAAGGGCAACGACUUCGGCGUCCAGCCCAUACGCUACACAAGUGUGCGGGGCAGCAAUCUCUCUGCCUUCUCGCAGCUGCAGCCGGUGUCGGUGGCCACGAAAUUCAACAAUGCCGCCGCUGCCGCCGCCUCCGCGGCUGGCUCAACGGGCGCCCCCAAUGCCUGAGACGACGCCUGCUCCUGCCUGCUGCACGUGCUCCGAGCCAAAGAUGUUCACGAAAGUGUUUCAGCCACCACACAAACAAGACUUUGCGUGCAUGCAUUUGCUUGUAUAUAUUGAAUAUAGUAUAUGGGAUAUAGAUACAUAUAUAUAUAUAUACAUAUAUGAGGUAUAUAUACAUAUACUCCAGCUCCCUGCGUGGAGACUUGCCUUCGUAUCCCUAGGGUCUAGUGUUGCCAUCGAUGUUUGUAUUGUACUUAAGAUUCGUUAGCUUGUAAUCAUUGUGAAAUAAAAUGCAUUUUUAUAAACAUU